UGACGUUCGCCGCCCCCACCGGGCCGUCGCGGCCUCUGCCGCCGCGGGCCGCCGCCGAACCGGGGGGCGGGGGCGGGGAGUGGGUAUUGGGGCGAGCGCUAAGAUGGCCGCCCCGGCUCCGGCUGAUUUUUCUUUUUGCACUACAAAAAAAGAAAGGAAUAAGUUUUCAGAUGCUGCAAGUAUUGUGAACAGAGACUUAUUUGGAUUAUGUAUUUCUCAGCUAGACUAAAUAAAUGUUAACAAUGGAUAAUUGCAAACACAUUGGGCAGUUGCGGCUUGCUCAAGACCAUUCUAUCCUCAACCCUCAGAAAUGGCAUUGUGUAGACUGCAAUACAACUGAGUCAAUUUGGGCUUGCCUUAGCUGUUCUCAUGUUGCCUGUGGAAGAUAUAUUGAAGAGCAUGCACUCAAGCACUUUCAAGAAAGCAGCCAUCCUGUUGCAUUUGAGGUGAAUGAGAUGUAUAUUUUCUGUUAUCUUUGUGAUGAUUAUGUUCUAAAUGAUAAUGCAACUGGAGAUCUGAAGUUACUACGAAGUACCUUAAGUGCAAUCAAAAGUCAAAAUUAUCACUGCACCACUCGUAGUGGAAGAGUUUUACGGUCUAUGGGUACAAGUGAUGAGUCUUAUUUCUUACAUGAUGGCACCCAAACUCUGCUGCAGAAUGAAGACCAGAUGUACACUGCUCUUUGGCACAGGAGAAGGAUACUGAUGGGUAAAAUCUUUCGGACGUGGUUUGAACAAGGAAGAAAAAGGCAAGAAGAGCAACUUCAGGAAAAAGUAAUAGUCAAAAAAGAAGUGAAGAAAAGAAGACAAGAAUCAGAGCAUCAGUUUAAGGCAGAUUUGGAAAGUGUGCCUCCAAGAAAGAGUUUACGCUUGCAAGGUCUGGCUCAGUCCACCACAGUAGAAAUAGUUCCUAUUCAAGUACCACAACAAAGCCCAGCAUCACCAGCAAAAGAGAUAAUAUCUACCUCAGCAGCUGUAAGAUUUAAAAAAGCCACUGACUCCCCAAUAAAACGAAGGCCAGUAGUAACUCCUGGUGUAACAGGAUUGAGAAAUCUAGGUAAUACUUGUUAUAUGAAUUCUGUUCUUCAGGUGUUGAGUCAUUUACUUAUUUUUCGGCAGUGUUUUCUGAAACUUGAUCUGAACCAAUGGCUAGCUGUGACAGCUAGUGACAAGACAAGAACAUCCUACAAGCACCCACAAAUCACAGAGACAGUAUAUCAAGUGAAUGAAUAUCAAGAUACAGGCUCUGUGCGCUCCAGACAUCCAAGUCUGUCAUUAGGACUAAGUGGUGGAGCCACAAAGAAUAGAAAGAUGGAACUUAUUCAACCGAGGGAGCCAAGUUCACAGUACAUUUCUCUUUGUCAUGAACUGCAUAUUUUGUUUCAAGUCAUGUGGUCCGGAAAAUGGGCCUUGGUCUCACCAUUUGCUAUGCUGCAUUCAGUGUGGAGACUAAUUCCUGCAUUUCGUGGCUAUGCCCAACAAGAUGCUCAGGAAUUUCUCUGUGAACUUUUGGAUAAAGUACAACAUGAACUGGAGACAACGGGUACCAGAUUACCAGCUCUUAUCCCCACUUCUCAAAGGAAAAUUAUUAAACAGGUUCUGAAUGUUGUAAAUAAUAUUUUUCAUGGACAACUUCUUAGUCAGGUUACAUGUCUUGCAUGUGACAACAAAUCAAAUACUAUAGAACCUUUCUGGGACUUGUCACUGGAAUUUCCAGAAAGAUAUCAAUGCAGUGGAAAAGAUGUUGCUUCUCAGCCAUGCCUAGUUACUGAAAUGCUGGCCAAAUUCACAGAAACUGAAGCUUUAGAAGGAAAAGUCUAUGUAUGUGAUGAGUGCAACUCAAAACGUAGAAGGUUUUCUUCAAAACCAGUUGUACUCACAGAAGCACAAAAACAGCUUAUGAUAUGCCACCUACCUCAGGUUCUCAGACUACAUCUCAAACGGUUCAGGUGGUCAGGACGAAAUAACCGAGAGAAGAUUGGUGUUCAUGUUGGCUUUGAAGAAAUCUUAAAUAUGGAGCCCUACUGCUGUAGGGAAUCACUGAAAUCCCUCAGACCAGAGUGCUUUAUCUAUGACUUGUCUGCUGUAGUUAUGCACCAUGGGAAAGGAUUUGGCUCGGGACACUACACUGCCUACUGCUAUAAUUCUGAAGGAGGAUUCUGGGUACACUGCAAUGAUUCCAAGCUAAGCAUGUGCACUAUGGACGAAGUAUGCAAGGCCCAAGCUUAUAUCUUAUUUUAUACACAGCGAGUUACCGAGAAUGGAUAUUCUAAACUCUUGCCUCCAGAACUGCUGGCUGGUAGCCAACCUUCCAUUGAAGAAGCUGAUACCUCUUCUAAUGAAAUCCUUAGCUGAUCCAAAGACAGUGGGGCUUUCUUGUGAUUUGUAUAUAUACGUUUUAAAAUGGCUGACUUAAAAUUUUGAGCUGCAUUGUUUUGUUUUGUAACUUCUGAAUCAGUGCACACUAUGUUUAUCUAUUUUGUAUCUAACCACAAGAAAAUUCUUUUAAUAGCCUAAGCUAGCAUAAAUUCAUGUAUUAUCAACAACAGGUCAACUAAACUUUUUUCAAAUACUUUGGAGUUUUACAGUUUUAGCCUUUACCUCAGACUGUUUUACCUCUUUUAUAUUUUGAUGUCAUAAUUGGCUUGGAUCAUGAGUUUGUGCAAUCUUCUACUGAAGUACUUGGCUUCAUUUUAUACAUUUAUCUUUUGUAGCUAUUUUCUAUAUAAAUUCUCACUUAUGGAAAAUUAGACUGUCCCCAUAAAUAGUCUUACCAAAAAAAAAAAAAAGGCUUACUCCCCCCCCAGGACAUCAGAUAGAUAAAUUACUACAUUCAAACUGAAAUAUUAAGUUCUGUCACCUCCAUACUCCACACUCAUUUGUGGAGACACUUAAUUUUUUGUUAUACAGGGCCCAGAAGUGACAUUGCUUUGGCUAAUGAAAUUUUUAAAGUCUGUAUUUAAUGUAAUCUUGCUAUACAAAUAAAUAUAGCAGCUUUAUAUUUAAAUAACCAGUACUGUGGACAUAAAAAUUUUUUGGCAGCAAACUGGUUUGGUCCAGAUAAAGCAGUGAUAUCACGAAUUUUAAUAUAGCAAGUUCUAUUCUCAGGCUAUAAAAAGUUUAACUUACAUACAAAUCUAACACUAGCUCUUAUAAAGCUUUUUAAAGAAAUAUAAAGUCUUUCAAGAGAAUUGCAUAGGCCAGAAAUAACUGUUUAAAAUUAGCAGCCAGGCAAUAUAUUCAGCAUUUUAUUUUUCUAAUAACCGAAGCCUGAAUUUUUAACUCUUGCUUGGAUUAUGUGAAUACUAGGUACCUCUUCAAGCUCUGGGCCCUGGCAUCUAAAUUAAAAAUUAUCUAAAUGAAUUAUAUUAAAAAGAUAUAUAAAAUACUUUGUUAUUCCUUAAUCUUAAUCUCAAAUAAUCUUAACUUUUAUACUCUUUAAAAUUUUACUGCUGCUAAUUUAAUCUUACUCAAGGGGAGAAACCACUAACUUAGUGUAGUGUUUUAACUACUGUAAGAACAUCAAUCCCUUUUAAGUGGAGUUACUUGCAUUUUGAAAUUUUAACGAAAAAUAGUAACUUUAUGGACUGUUCUCAAAUAAUGAUCUUUAAAAGUAAUCUUGAAAGGGACCUCUUUUAGCAGAUUUUUCUUAAACUUCAGAACAAGUCACCUGGGGCAGCUAAUCAUGAAGUGCAAUGAGAAUUUAUUACUGACCAGAAAUACCAUUAAUGCCAAAAAUACAGCUUGAGUAUUAAGUAGCUAUGGCUUAAUAUCAUUUAUUAAAUAUACCUAUGCAAGUUGUUACCUCAAACUGUUACACAAUUAUACCUCAUUAAAGAUUUAAAUGGUCAAGACACUGAAGUCUGGCCUUUUUUAAUUUCAAGGACAUUUUUCUGAGGUGCUAAAAUUUAUAUAAGCAGUUAACCUCAUUUUAGUCAAAAAAUUUUAAAAGUAGUUCUGGAAGCUUCUAUUGUUUGUAAUGAUAAAAUUGCUUGUUUCAGUACUUAUUUUUGUUUCAAUGUAAAAAUAUAUGAGAAAGAAAUAAAGUGACUUAGCCCUUGGCAUUUUUAUUCUUUGAAACUAAAACCCGUGAGGGGAGGCGGUGUGGGUGGAGAUGGGGUUAUAGGGACUUUCGGUUCUGUUGCCGUGAACCUAAAACUAAAAAUGAAUAGAAAAACUUACUGGACAUCUUUUCUACAUUCUGCUAUGUUGGAUCUUACAAAAAACAACAUGUUUUAGUUAUAAAAUAAUUUACUAAAGGCACUAUUGUUAAACAUCAAACUAAGAAUUUGUUACCAAUAAGGUACAUCAUUGUAAACAUGACAAAAUGAUUUCAAAAGAUACAUGGCUAACAGGUAAACAAUACAAUUUUUUUCCCUUAAGUGACAGCUUUCCUAUUUACAAGAUCAUGUUCCUUCAGGCCAUUCCAGGGGCAUACAAUGUACCAUUGUUUCCAAGUUACCUGGGUAAGGGAGCUUGAAGCUCAGAAUAGGUUUGAGAUCACUACUGCUGAAGAGGUCUUUACAAAGCUCCAAGAUUCUUCACUCACAGGAUCAAUUCUCGAAAUCAAGAUCCUUAUUUUUUACCGUCCACAAAAGCACAUCAAAAAGGUUUGGAUUCAAAACCCAGAAGAUCAGGCUGGAGGCCCAAGCCCAGUAGCAGGCGUGAAUAGGUGAGUUCUGCCACUAGCAUAUCAUCACAGAAAAUGGAGAAAUUAUUCAAAGGUAGCUAGUGAACAUUAGCACCAUAAUAACAUGGCUCAUAUAGCUAAAAACUAGAUUGUCUAUCCCACAAGAUGACAUUCAUUUAUAGCUCUAAUGUUUAAAGAGCAGCUUUUUAAUUUAUAAUAAAUGAUCUAAAUAUAGAAAUCAUAGGUUUUUCUUCCUAAGAGGAAACAUUUAACAAAAUACAACCUAAAUAGCCUAGAGGCAGUAAGUCUUAUUGUGCUAAAGCAUAUCAUAUACAAAUUAAGGCUUGGUAUACCUGGGUACAUAACAAUUUUCAACUUGCUGGUAUAUUACCAACAAAUCAUUUUACAUGUAUGACUUCAAGCAAUUGGUUCAAUAAUUGGUAGUGGGGUUCAGAGAAGUAAAUAAGAAUUUUACAUUUAACUUUAAGUACUUAGCUACCAUAAUGGUGUUAUGUAAUUUCACUUCGUGAAAAUAGCUCCCAUAUAUAAUGAAUUUACACAAGGGGAGAGAUGGAGUAUUAGAGGAUUUGACUCAACUAUCAAACAAACCAAAAAUUCCACUUAACUUUGCUAACUAGAACAAGAUCCAAACAUGGUAGUUUUUCCUGUUUUUCUUGUGGAAUUUUUUCUUCUUUUUUUUUUUGUGAUUUUAAAUGUCCUUUUGGAUUACUGAAUCAGCUGAAUAAAUUUUCCUAUAAAUAAUACUGCUGGAUAAAGGAUCUGAUGUUAAAAUUUGACUAAGGUUUAGUAAAAGAUUCCAAGUUCAUACAAUUCUCUCAUGUUUUGGUUUACAAUAUCAAUGCCAGGGAAAAAUAUGGAAGACAAGGACUAUUAAGUUUCUAAUAAGAAAAAACAAAAUAGUCCCCAAAGCAAUAAAAUUAAUUCUCCUCUUCUCCUCCAACUUUAUGCAUGUAUAGAUCUUGUUUUAGCCACUUGUAAGUUUCAACUUUAGAAUUCUACAAUCCAAAUAAAGCACUUCCCAAUAUUUUUCUGUGCAGAAUUAUAACCACAGACAUUGAAAUGUAGCUCUCAGAUCUGAAAAUGUCUUUAUUUUUUAGAAAAUGAAUUCCAGGAAGGUUUAAAAAGCAAUACCAGAGGGUAUAGGUGCAGAAUCGGAUGUAGUCAUUUGAAGCAUUCAAUUAAGAAUAUGGCAAUAUAAAUAACUGAAAAGCAUCUCUUAGGUGUUCAAAACAAAAUGUGUCAGUCAUUCCUAACUAAUUUGAGCUUAAUAGCAUUUCCUAGGAGUGGGGAGAGGGGAAGAUGAACAGUUAAAUUUCAAAGUCCUGAAAGCUUUUUCCUUGGUUAAUUACAUUAGAUGGUUUGCCUUUGAUCAAAUUCCUUCCUUUUUAAACAUGGAUAAAAGUAUUAUAUCCACUGUUAACAGACAACAUGUUGCAAAUUAAUUCUGGUAUAAUCC